CAAAGCCACGGGUGAGCUGAUGCACAUGCUCAGUCGCGGACCGGUCACCACAGGACUCGGAUCUUGCUAGUCAGCGAUGCAUCGGUCACCUGUGGUGAGAGCCAGGAAGAGAACUUGUGUAGAGCCCUGGGUUAUCGGUCUCAUCUCUUUUUUAUCCCUGAUUGUCCUUGCUGUGUGUAUUGGACUCACCGUUCACUAUGUCAGAUACAAUCAAAGGAGGACCUACCAUUACUACAGCACAUUGCCAUUCACAAGUGAAAAGCUGUAUUCUGAAUUUGGAAGAGAGGCUUCUAAAAAUUUCACAGAAAUGAGCCAGAGAAUUGAAACUAUGGUGAAAAAUGCGUUUUAUAAAUCUCCACUGAGGGGACAACUUGUCAAGGCUCACAUCAUUAAGUUCAGUAAAGAAUACGAUGGAGUGUCGGCUCACAUGCUACUGAUUUUUCGAAUUCGCUUGACUGAGGAUCCUGAAGCUGUGCAUCAAAUUGUUGAACAUGUUCUGCAUGAAAAGCUGAAAUAUGUUCCAGGACCCCCCACUGUCGAUCCUGAAUCAGUUGAAAUUAAAAAAAUCAACAAGACAGAAACAGACAACUAUCUCAACCAUUGUUGUGGGACGCGGCGGAAUAAAUCUACAGCACAGACUAGUCUCAGGAUUGUUGGAGGGACACAAGCAGAAGAGGGGGAAUGGCCGUGGCAGAGUAGCCUGCAGUGGGAUGGGUCCCACCGCUGCGGAGCGGCUUUGAUCAAUAACACAUGGCUCGUGAGUGCUGCUCACUGCUUUCUAACGCACAAGGACCCAUCCAGAUGGACUGCUUCCUUUGGGUCAACAAUACAACCUCCAAAACUGAAGACAGGCCUCCGGAGGAUAAUUGUUCAUGAAAAAUACAGCUACCCAUCUCAUGACUAUGACAUUGCUCUGGCACAACUUUCUAGGCCGGUCCCCUGCACAAACGCAGUGCACAAGGUUUGUCUCCCCGAUGCAAACCAUGAAUUCUAUUCGGGGCAGAAGAUGUUUGUGACAGGAUUCGGAGCAUUGCAAAAUGAUGGAUUUACCCAGACUCACCUCCGGCAAGUGCAGGUGGACUACAUAGACACUCAAACUUGCAAUCAACCUCAAGCAUACAAUGGCGCCAUCACUCCUAGGAUGCUGUGUGCUGGCUUCUUAAGAGGAGGGAAAGAUGCAUGCCAGGGUGACUCUGGAGGACCACUGGUUGCUCCAGAUGUUAGAGAUAUCUGGUACCUUGCUGGAAUAGUGAGCUGGGGAGAUGAAUGUGCCCAACCAAAUAAGCCUGGUGUUUAUACCAGAGUGACUGCCUUUCGGGACUGGAUUACAUCAAACACUGGUCUCUAAAGCAGAAGGACCCAGUGGGGUGAAAUGGAUGUUUUAGUCCGUAGGCUGUUCUUAGAGACACACAGCUGCAAAGGAAUCUUUAUAAAUCAGGAGGACCUGAACCACCACACUGAACAAUCCGAAGUGUACAUUUCCUUCCUAGCUUAGUUCUUUACACGAGCAUCUUGCUUCUUUCAGAGGGACUCUGCCAACCUGCACUCUUUUAUUUUCUACAAGUUUUUUUUGUCGCCAAAAUUUUGACUUGCGGAUCCAAAGUGCUCAUGCACACUUACAAUUUGAAGCAAGCCUUUCCUUUAUCUCACCAGCUUCUCUCAUAUUAGUGAAUUUCUACUUUUCAAGUGCAAGAUGAGGAAUGGCAUAAAGUGGGAAAUGAAAAGGAACUACAUUUUUUAAUGUACAGAAAAACAUUAGGGAUUUUUAAAAAUAGAAUGUGAGAAGUGAUCACAUUCGUUAUAAAAGAUCAGCAAGCAUGGGCAGCCACAGACUGGUCAAAAUUUCAUGUUGGAGAAGAAGUUGAAGAAAUGGAGAAACUAAUAUAUAAGUAAAUUUUCUUCCUACAUGACUAACAAGAGCAACAUGAAAAUGAUUGUUUCCUGUGGCUACAAUAAUCACACAAACUCUUUAUAAUGUACUUGUUAUGAACAAAUCAAAGAAAAUAAUAUUUAUUUGCAACUGACAUGCAGAGGAUGUCAACAUACAAUCAAGAAUGAAAUAAAUCACUGACUUGCUUGACAGUGCAACAUGAAAACUAAUGAAGGAAUGAAGGAUGAGGAGAAGCUUACUAAUAAAAUUACUGGCAAUUCUCUUAAGGUUUGAAGGUAGAUUAAAAGUUUAUUUCCAAAUAGUCAGCAUACUUUAUGUGGUAAAAUAAUUGUAUAGUUGAAUGGAAUUCAAAAGACUCAGUCUAACCUAACGACUGUGGUGGGAUAAUCCCUAACCCUUUCCCAACAGCAGAUCUUGACUGGAAUAAGGUUCAGAUAUUGGUGUGAGAUAAUAGUGAUGUGGCUGCAGCUGGGACUUGGUCUUCUGGUUUGAGAUGAUGGCAGAUAUGCUCUCUCUGAUGUCAGUUUCAGCCUGUGUGUGAAAAGUGGGCUUGUGACAUCUGUCUACGCUGAGAUGUCACUCAGCUGGGAUGAGACUGCAGGGAAGACCUCCUGUAAGCUGCAUCUACAUUGUGCUGCAUUAGUACCCACUUCAACACCAGACUGAAGAGAAGAAGCCAGAUACUGGCCGCUUUUGUGAUUUCAGUUUGAUAAAUUAUUACUGAGACAUUAGAUACCCUAGAUCUAAAGGAUCCAGACCAUAAUGAAAUUAGGACAGAUGACAUGGUCUAUGACAUGUUUAUGGUAAGAUUUUACCAAGGUAUUCAGCAACCAUCUUCUCAUUGUAUACAGACUAUAAAAGAAUAUAUAAUAGAGCACAUAGGACCAUAGUAUAGCCAUUGUGAAAACCAAUGUUAUCAGGAAAAAUGUUGACUUAUAUUAAACUCAAAUAAUAUUCACCUUAUAUUGAUAAAAGUUAGGCACUUGUCUGAGAUAAGAGAUGAAAACUAACAUGAAUUGUCAAUGUUUAAUAUUCUGAAUUAUUGCUGUUCUUUUUAAAAAGCUCUUUGGAGGAAAGUUCAUAAAAUGAUGAACUUUAGAGAUAUAUAAGACUAUUCAAGUCACAUUAGUUUCAGAGAUCUGUUAAAAACUAAUUAGUGUGGCUUGAGAGAUGCUUGGAGGUUAAGGACUCACGCUGUUCUUACAGAGAACAGAUGUUUGGUUCUUAACACUCACACUGAGUUACAUUAGAAGUAACUCCAGCUCCCAGGGCAUCCAACACCUCUGGCAUCCAUGGGCACCUUCUCACAUCACCAACACAGACAUGCACACAUACAGAGAGUGGCAGAAAUAGUCCUUAGAGAACAGAGUACCAAUUGGUUAUCCAAUACCAAACGGUCAUGCCUUAAAACAUACCUGAAAGAAGCAUUAUACAAGCUGACCAGGUUGUACUCACGUGUGUAGAAAUUAUAAAUCAUAUAUAUACACACACAAAACAAUAAUUGUUGAAAAAGAGACAAUGAAUUUGAAAUAGAGCAAGAAAGGAUAAAUUGGAGGGCUUACAGGAAGGAAAGGAAAGAAAUAAUUUAACAAUAAAAUAAAAUGAAAAAUCUUAAAAAAAAAUUCCCAAAGUAUACUAUUCAUGACAGCCUCUAGAUGGCAGCCUACAGCUGUGGGAAGUUACAGGAAAGCCUCCUGAAUGUAAAGAUACUUGUAUUUUCAUGAUACAGUCAAAGCAGAAGUCAAAAUUCCAUAGCUUGUUCUCAAAAACCACAAAAUAAAAUCUAGGUUUGAAAACAUUUAUAGGUGAAUUCAUGUUAAUUUAAGACAUUUAUUAGUAUUUUGCAGAUUUCUGGAGUUUGUGUUUCAAACUAUAGUUAAUAUUGCAUGAUUUGAGAAUCUAUCUCUAUAAACUAACUUUUAAGGACUUAAAGAUUAAUUUUAGAGGUUUAGGUUUUAUGAGGGUGUUAUGUUCCUUAGAUAAAUAUAUGUAGCAUUUCCUUACACAAAGCAUUUAAAGGGAGAGGUUUGUGUCACAACAAAAAUAUAAUAGUUAUUCAAAUGUUAUACGAGGCAGCACAGUACCAUAUUCUUAAAGCAGUGACUUCUUUAGAAAGUAAUAUAAAGUGGGCUUUAUUGUUUUUUAGGAUAUCAGUGUUAACCAUAAUUGGAGGAGGUUAAGGAGUGGUGCUUGCAAUAUUUAUUAAUUAUACAAAACAGGCAUUUCUCUUCUAUAUCUUUUAACCCAUGUCACCAACAAAGUUUACUCUAUGUAAUACUCUUUUAAUAUGUGUUAUUUAUUAAUACAUGGAUCUUCUACUUAUUUCAUUAUGCAGAAAACAUAGCUUUAUUGUACAGUCAUGUGCCACAUAAUAUUUUCAUCAGUAACACACCAUGUAUAGGAUGGUGCUCCCAUGAGAUUAUAAUGGUGCUAAGUUUCUCUAACCUUCUGCUGUUCUAGCCAUCCUAAUGCUGCAGUGCACUGCAUUAUAAAUGUAUUCAUAGUUAUUCUGGUGUGAACAGACCCAAAACACCGUGUCAUCUGAAAGUAUAAUAUAUUAGCAAUUAAUAAUAAUGAUAAUAAAUGACCAUAACAAUAGUUCAUGUAUUUACUAUUCCGUAACUUUUGUUGUUAAUUUAGGAUGUAC